CUUCGAGUCCUUGAGCUGUACUUUAAGGUCAUACACAUGGUUUUCUGUUUCUGCAAUCUAAAUUAUAAAACAUAACCCAAACCGCUGUUAAUGUAUGGUAUAGAAGCACUAGAAGAAGUAAAAAAGUUGGCCGAGGAUGAUUCUAAGUAUGUUGCCUUGAUAAAUGACAAAACUACAUUACAGGGACUUGUUUUACUACUUUCGAACAAAAAUAACUCAGUUAUUUCAAUAGUGCUGCAAACCUUAAAAAUUAUAUCUGGCCGACCAGGUGGUAUUGAUGCUCUGCAAUCAUUAUUGGGAUUAGGUGAACAGCUAAAUGAACUGAUUAAACCCACUAAAUCCAGUGAAAACGAAGCCUCUCAGCCCUUCUCUAGGAACGCUGAGGAACUUUUAUCUUUGCUUAACUGCUCCAAUAGACAAGGUCCUCCCAGACCCAUGAAAACCAAUCCAGAAAAAUCACACCCCACAUUCAGACCAAAGAAUGUAGUUUUACAGCUCAGAGGAAUAACAGACGAGGAUGAUAUUGAAAUAGUAUGUUCAAAGCUCUUGAAAAUUCGCGGUGUAGUUAGUAUUACAUUUCAGCUGCAGAAACAUCGCGUUCUUGUUUGCACGGUACCUUCGUUAGAUCCGGAAUGCCUUUUACAUGCAGUAUCUUCAAUUAAAAACAACCCAGGUCAGUCAGAUGGUACUUGUCAAACAGAUUCGACCCGUCCCAUAAUCACAGCCCAGAUUGUCAGGAGAAAACAUAGAGCGCAAUCCUUAUACAGACACAGUUCAUUCAACGGUUUAAAAUAUAGGCAAAACUCGCGAAAUACUGAAGUCCCACCUUAUUUAGAAGAUGAUGCUGAUCUCUUUGAGGUUGAUGAAACAAGAGCUGCUCCAAAAUUAAUGGAUGCUCCAAGCAAAUCAAAUCCUUCUAAAGGUCCUAUUAGUUGGCUAUCAGAUUUCCUGGAAAAAUCACUAUUUUGGUGAAUUUCGUACAAUAUUUCCUGUUUCAUAGGUUUUAUAUUAUGUCAGCUACUGUAUUUAGAAAUAGAAAUACAAACUUCCUAUAACUUACAUUCCCUGUAAUAGAUCUACAAAAUGUCAAUUGUCGUUUGAUCUCACGAAUUAAUGCGACUUUCCAUGCCAAGAUCCCAACCCGACUCUUGAUUACCAUAAUCUGCAACA